GGUGGAAGGUGGUCAUAAAAAGAGAACUUUAGAAGCUUGCUGCGGAGAAGUGGGAAUCUGACUCCUUUGGGAUCUCGUACCUUUUUCAUUCAGCUUUUGUGUGGUUUCAAAUAGCUGGAGGAUCAAAGCCCCGCAGAGCUCCUUGCUGCGUGCGCUGCCCCGUCAGUAGGAGUGCCCUACAGUGCGUGCUGGGCUCACUUCAGCAGCUUUUUGUCCCAUGUACACCUUUCCUUAUUAUUGCAGGCUUGUUUUCAGUGAUCAAUGCGACUUCCAGAUUUUAACUGAAAUAAUUCAUGAAAUGUGUUGUAUUUCCCUGAUUCGGCAUAAAAGGAUAGCGCAGGGAGCGUGGUAGCUGCCUUCAGUGUAGGUAAAUGUGAGAUGAAUUGGACUGGAGGCAGGAGACAGUCUGAACUUCUCAUAGAAAGUGAAGGGCUCCAGAGUGGCUGUCACCUCUCCGGGUGGGAUCUUGAUACUGAUAGAUGAGACCAUGAAGCCACCAGGUCUGUGCUUAGCAGCCAUCAAAGAGAGCUCAUCAAAUCUUAUGAAAUGCUAUGAAGAGAGUGAGGAACAAAAUACAGACCACUUUUGUGCCGUGUCUAAAUCCGUGGUUUGUCCACGCUUGAAAUACUGUUCCUUCCCUUUCUUUCAUCUCAGAAGAACACACAAUCGCUGGAAGAUGGUAAACUUAUGGGGCUGCUGAGAGAGCUUAAGGGACUGCUCAAUAGACAAACCACGCCAGACUGAAGGUCUGUACUCCCAGUGGUGCUGUGGAGGUGCUCGGGGAAGUGCAGAUGUGCUUGUCUUACUGCUUUUCUCUAGCUGUUUGCUUACAGGCUUCAGUAGAGACAGUGUGGCUAGCAGGACAUACCGUGUGACCCACUGCAUCCGUUUUCACAUUCACGUCCUGUGCUUCGCCCUGAACUCUGUGAACUUUGUGUCCCCACUUUGCUUAACAUCAGGCAUGCCCUCUGCAGUAAGGCCUUAUCCGUGGAGCUUACUUUCUCGAGCAAGAGCAAUGAAUAGAUAAGCUGCAGUUGGCUGAAGCUGAAAGCAGAAACGAGUAGUUGCUGCUUUCCCAUUCCUUUUCCCAGCUGCUGCGGCUUACCUUAUGCUAUUUUGGUGUUGCACCGUUUCACUGAAGCAGCAGAAAAAUAACUUACAGGGGGAUGGGAAGAGCUGAAUAGCUUUCUGUGGAUUAAAGCAGUUCGUAGGUGCAGCGAAUGCCCAUGGGGACGGGAUUGCACCGCAAGCGGAGGGAGUGAGUUGUUCUUGUUUUGCCCCUAGCACACCAUUAGGCAGCUUAGAUGUCUUGGAGCACAGCCCACCUGUCUCCCAGCUGUGGUCAUCACCUGCUAACACUGACCUCAGCAAUUGUUACAGCAACUUGUGGAAGGCUCUAGCUCGGGAAAACAAGAGAAAGCUAUCAUUCUGUGCUUUGCGGUGAGUUUUUAGCGGACUUCAGUAGAACAUAAAUGGUGCCUAAAUAUAGCUGUAUGCCAGCAUCAGGUAAAUGGCAGCAGCACCCAGGCAGACACGGGCAGUCCCUCGUGCAGAGGUGGUACCUCCCUUACACAAACAGCUUGCUGCUAAUGUCGGUGUGGAGCUCCAUCCUGGCGUGGUAGGAACUGUGGGAGCGAUGCAUCAUUGUCAGCUGUGGUUAAUCUCAGCACGUCUUGGAGUGAGGAGGGCGUCCACAUGUGCAGAGAGUUAGAAAUCACUGACUCCAUUUUGUGUUGAGAGAAGGGUUAGAUGUGUUGAGAAAAGAAAGGUGGCAUGAAUUCCUGGAGCUGAAUUCCUUCAUUAGGCUUUGUGGGUGAGGGCACUUAGAUGUUCCUUGUCCUGGGCACUGGGAAAGCUGCUUCUGCUGCUUCUGUGGAAGUUGUGUUGUUUGUUUUAUCGGACUGAGUGCUUUUGUAAAGGAAAUGUUGAUAAAAAAAUCUUCAGACAUAAUCAGUGUGUGCAAAAGCGCAAUGUUUGCAAAUGUGCCAAUUUGCUGACAAAACAGAUCAUGUCUUGGGUCUCCUUUUGACAUCAGACCCCUGUAAGGCUAUGGGAGACUGUGGUCUGUGGUGCUUUUGUCUUAUUGGAUCAGAAGCAAAAAACACCUCUUCAUAAAAUGCGAUCUGCUUUUAGUUGAAAGGAGUUACUUAUGAAUGUUAUAGGCAUGUAUGAGAAAUAGCAUGAGAAGAUAAAGAGUUGUUUCAAUUCUUGUAAGAGAACUAAUGCUCGAGAUUGAUGGAAAAAAAAAAUCCAUGCUUUCUUUUGAAAACAUAUUACAAUAUUAAUGAUUUCCAACUAUCCUGUAAAGACCUCCAUCUGUCUGGGAUCUUUCUACCUUACAUCUUUCAAAAGAGAUUUGCUCUGCUGCUUCUGUCUGUGCCUCAAAGUAACUUUCCUUUCAUGGACAGGCCAGUAAAAUGUCACAUAGAGGGUUUUUCUGUUUUCAUUUCCAUGCAGGCAGGUCAGUAGUGCUUCAUUCAGAACUAGAAAAUGUCUCUUUUUUUGAGGCUGUGUCAGUCGAUGCAUCUGCGGCCUACUUUUUGAUGCCGGUGUGGCGUUUGGGUCCUCACAAACUUUCAAUUUUCUUGUUCGAAAAGCUUUACAAUUCAUUCUUAAAACAGUGCUAAUUCAGUGUAUCUAACUAGCUGAGGAUCAUUAGUAGCUUCUCUAUUCGCUAGCUGCAUGCAGUAGGUCUCCUUCUGGAGUGGUGUUGUCAAAUAAUUCACUUAUUUUCCUCAACUUCUGUUUUUUUUUUUCUGGCUGCCUAGCUUUUCAAAUCAUCACUAAGAUGUUGUUUGAAAUACUGAUCUUACUACUCCUCUGAAGAUUACUUCCAUUAACGUGUAGUUCAUGGACGGGAAUGUUUUAUUCUGGGAGAAACGUACGUAACUUUCAUGAUGGAUUUUGCAAAUGUCGGUGUGAAUAUUGGCAUGACUGGGGGGCAGAGGAUGACUGUAGAAAAAUGGAAUGUUUUGUUUAGCUCUUGGAAUCCGCGGAUAUCAAGGUAGGUAAAGCAGUUACACAAAUGUGUGUCUCAAGUGGUGGGGAAUGAACAUCAUCUGCUUGCUCACUUUUUAAUUGUUCUGGUUACGGUCACAAAAGCUUUGUGAAAUUUAAACUACUCAGUGAGGAGGAUGGGUCAUACUGUGACUUCUGACAACUGUUAAAAGCUUUUUCUGCUCCCUAAACUUCUCUCACAGCCUGUGUAUCGUGUUUGCAAAGGUGUUGAGAAAUAACAAUGCUAAUUUUAUGACAAAGCUAUGAUUUGCUUAGCGAAAAUAGCAUACAAUAGUGGCUGUUCUGAAAGUGCCUGCAUCCACUUCAGGACUGGAUAAUUGAGAUGAGCUCAACUUUGGGAGGUGUUGGACUCUCUUUAGAGGUAGAAGUAUCCUAGGGGGCAGCUUGUCCCCAUACUUUUAGAUAAAGGUGAUUCAGUCCCACUGUUGGAAGGGCUUUUACAAGAGUAUUAAUCUCUGUAGAGGAGGCUAGCCCACUAGCAAGCCCACGCUGACAAAUCUGGCUGUAGAAUGGUCUCUGCAAGAGAGACUGCUGUCUUCCCGUAGUUAUAGUUCGUAAUAGACUCAGACUUCGAAGUAUUACAUUUUUGCCUUGGAUGUGGCCUGGAGCUGGGGGUGUGCUUAGGCAUCAGUUAUGGGUCUUUAACUUCAUUUCUACCUGGCUGGUGUGUUGAUGCCUCUCUGUGUCUGGGUAACUGGCUCGUGAUGAGUAAUUUGCAAUACAGCCAUUUCUUAUACCUCGCCUGAUAGCCGUUUUUAUUUUAUUCCUUGGUAGAAUGCCAGAAAUAACAAUUAAAUCUGAACCUUUACCUGUGUCUUGUUGAGGGCAAAUUUGAACUGAUUUCUGAUGAGACCUUUGUUCCUUUUAGGAUCCCAGUGGUGUUUUGGAUGCUCUCCAAACCUGUUUAACGGUCUUCAGUCCCUUUUGUCCUGGGGUGCAUGAAAGAAACUGGCUUUGUCUUCAUCUUGUCGUCAGUUUGCCCCGUGGUAGUUGUCAGACUGUACUGCAAGGAGUCAGUGUGUCUGCAUUGUCCUUGGCUCCCAAAGGACAUGGCUAAACGUGUUCCUCCAUUUGAGCUGGUGGGACGUGAUUUAGGUCAUGUUGCGUCUCUGAAGCAUUGUGCUCAAGGUUACCCCAUGUAGAUCAUAGCUUCUAGCGGUGAUCGCCUCAGCUGGAAGCCAAGGAGAGGCCCACAGCCUCUGGCUGGGACUGAGCCUUUCCUCCAGGUUAGGGGUUGUCCCAGGACUCUCCUUAGGGCCAGGGCUGUGUCUUAGAGCGCUUUGGGCUACACACCUCAUAGCUUGGGUUACCAGUUGUGUCCUCAUGCCCUGGUUCUCCAUCAGGCUCUCCCCUUUCCCAAGCUGGUUGAGCUGCUGUGUUCAUUCGCAAGUUUUGCAGCUGCGUGUUCUCACCUGUACUGCUAUGGCCAAAGACUACUUGUAGUUACGAAUAAUUUGCUGCAGAGAAUACUGCGGGAACUGAAAUGCUGCCUGGCUGCGUGCUUCAUUUUUGCCUGGAAAACAGCAUUUGACUCAUUCACAGCAUGAUGCAAAAUAUUUAUAGUGCUUCAAAUGCCUGCGAAUACGUGUUGCAAACAAUACAAGCAAAGUCUUAAGCCACAAAGAGCAGUUUAAUGUAUCUGAAACUGCUCCCUAGGUAACUUUUUUGAUAUUAUCGAUACAGAAGACUGACGAGGGAUGAUUCAAUCGAUGUUAGAAAUUCUUAAAGUAAUACAAAUAUCAUUUGAUAUACCUUCAAACUGGUCAAAAUACUUCAAUUGGAACAGAAGUUCUUCAGAUCUCAAAACUCCGGUAGUACCUAGUAAGUAAAUAAUAAAAUGGUAUUUGAAUUGUAUUUGGGAGCUUUACAUAAGGAAUUGAGAGGUGCCAGGAAAGGUGGACAAUAAUAAUCUGUGACUGGGGAGACUUUAUAUGAAGAAACGCUGUACUGUUUUGCAUCAGAAAAAGCAAAUCAGGAGGGAACUAAUUCUAGAACAUAGUAAAUUGUUUAGGAAAUCUGGGUCAGGAGUCUGUUCUUGUGUUGUGAGAUAGAAAAGAAAUGGGAAACAAUUGAAAAUUGGUCAGUUCAAGGUUGGCGAAAGGAAACUCCUUUUUACGAUGUGUGCAGGAUCACCUGAGGAGGUGUUUGCAUGGGAGGUCAGUUCAGGGCAUCAGCUUUUAAAAUUCAGCAGAGAGUUGCAUGUUUAUGAGUACUGGGAGAUGAAAAAGCAUUUAAGUCAAAUACAGAUUCUUUUUAUUAUUACUUCAAGCAGUUCCUAAAUCUUAAAAGACCGGGACAGUGCUUAUGCUGAACGAAGGUAGCGUUCUCUGUUGGGAGCUCUAGGUUUUCCCCCAAAGUUCUCACGUCUCUGUAAGGGAUUGGUGGUGUUGGGUGGGCUUCCAGACUGGUUGUGCCUUGCUUGCAGCUCCCUCUGUGACAUCUUGGGCACCUCUGAGAUCAGCAAGGCACACUUCUAAAAUGCUGUGCAAGGAAAAUACAGAGGGCACGGCUUUUUUUUUUUUUUGUUAGGAAACUGGCAGAUUGUGAAGGCUGGAUUUUUUUCCAUCUGCAGGUAUAAAUUGAAUGGAUUUUAACAUUUAGAUUAAUGCUGGUAUCUGAUGUGAUUUCUGCUGAGUCAGUGCAAAAAUUUUUAUUGACUUCUGUGGACAAUAGGUCAGGUCCCUUAAAAUCAAUCCUGUAUCCUGUAUUAACUACUGUAUCAUAAGGUCUGUCUACCCUUGCUUGAUGGGUUUGACUAUUUAAGGAAAGUAUUUUAGAUGGUAAGCAAGAAUCUUGUAUACUGCUAAUCUGGGAGGAAUUACCCAAUUAACACGUUCCCAAAAGCCUGCCCAAAUGUCUCACCCAGCCAGCUGUAUUUUUAGCAGUCUUUGCCUCUAAAGCAGGUCACGUAGGUUCUUUUUAGCUACAAUUUACUACUGAAAUCUGUGUUGUUUUGGGAACGCUUCAUUCAUUUCUCAGAACUGGGGCAAUUGCUGAAGAUCAUCUCAGAGGGGAAAAAAACGGUUUUUAAACCUUGAGGCAUAACCUUGGGAAAUGUGAUGGUGAGAACACAAUGUGCCAGGCAGAGCUGCGAUUUGUAAGGGUUGCGAUCACCCUUACAAAAACUAUCAAAGCAAGUGAUGAUUGAACAGAAAGGACAGGAGAAAACACAGGACUUGAAAUACGUGUGGUUGGUACAUCGUUACGUUCAUCUUGAAAACCCAUGAGUCAGAUAAUUAGUAUCCUUAGUCUACAAAUGACAAAAUGGAGUUGCACUUCUCUUUGGAGCUGCUGUGAGAAUGUUUGGGUGAAAAAAAAUAUACAGAUGUGUUUGAGCAAAAUCUUUUUUUAAAGAUUGCAGGGCAGCAGAUUGGUCUUUUGAUAGGCACGUGGGUAGGAGAAAAUACACUUUUCUUUAGAAGUUUGGUCUGGUCCAUGGUUCAAAAUGAUGCAAUUAGAACAAAUCUCUCUAAACAAAUGCUCAGUGAAAACUGGAAUAUUUCUGGCAGAGCUGUCUUGAUUAUUUUCAUUUGUCUUCUGUUGUGCAGAAGCAACCUGAAAACAUUGUUUUAUUUGAGAAGACCACCAGAUGCACCCUUAGUGCCCAACUGAAGGCAGCAAAGUGUUGUGGUUCCCUUGUGUUCUGUUAGCAUUCAGUAAAUAUCAUCCAGCAAAAUUAUGUAAUCUGGUAUUAGUAUUUAUCUCUUUAGAGUUCUAAAAUCCCAGUUUCUAAAUAUGCCUGAAAUGUUGCUCUCUGAAUAAUGUAUGCUAAUGAGAUGAUCAUUAAUGUGGAUAGACAAAGCUGGUUCCACACAGGCUGGCUCGUCCAGCACUGCGGAUAGGAACGGGAAUCCAGAGUGAACUCAGCAGCUGAAAUAGUUUGGGUUUCAUUUGCAGCCCGAGUUUUGUUUUAAAAACUUGACUGAACUUGUUACGCUACAGCAACGAAAGCAAAACAGAGUUCUUGCCCUGUAAAGUUCACACCUAUUUUUGAACAGUUCUUUGGCAGUCAUGUCUAUUGAUACGUAUUAGCACUUGAGCUGUGCAGAAAACAAUAAGGAUUUUGAAUGGCGAGGGCAGUGCCUUGACAUGGCAGGAGGAGGAGGAGGGUUUGCAGCCUGUUGGCCCCAGAGGUGGGUGAACUUCAAAGCCAGAUACCUGCUGGGCUGUGUGCUCCUGCCAGGCUGUGCCACUUCGCUGUUCCUAGAGCUGGAAAUGUGUCGCACUGAGAAGCAACAAUUAAUUUUAAAAAAAAAGGGGGAAAAAAGCCCUUGAAUUUCAAUGCAGUGAACGCAUUACAGUGUUUCUUGUUGUUGCUGCUCACGUGCUCCAUAAACAAGAGCAGGCUUACUUCCUUGUGAGUCAACGUGCCUGUUACAGAAUUUGUUGUGCUUGGAGAAAAACAAAUAUUUACUUCAUCCUUUGCUGAGAAAGUCACGACCUUCAGCCAGUUUGAAGGCUGCCUGGCUCUGCUGCCUGGCCCCAGUGCAGGAUGGCCAUGCCCUGGUUGUGUGUGCGCUGUGCUGCCCGUGGGAGCUCCUGUGGGACAGCGCUCAAUGCAUUUUCAGCUUUCUGCUGCUAAUCUCGUUUGUGUGAGCGAACUCUUCUUAAAUGGUCAUUUAAGUCUCUCUCCUGGGCCUGGUUGUAAUACUGGGGCUUUGGAAAGGUUGUUAGAAGGCAGCUUUCAGAUACUGAUGCCUAUUUUUUCCUUUUAAAUGCGUCCGCCUACUAGCAUACCCUAUUCUGAAUAAGGCCCGUCUCCUCCCAGUUCCAUUUGCAUCCAUCUUAAUACUGCAGGCUUCUGUGAUUUUUCUAUAUUGUUUGCUACACAAAGUGGGCAUGUUUUACUCUUGUUUCUCUCCUGCUUGAUGUGGUGUUUCUUUUUUUUGCAUGUGUAGCCAAGGUUUCAUUAAUGUUUCUUGUUACCAAAUCACACUGCAAGCCUUGUAAGAAUUUCUUGGCUUCUCGGUUUGUCACUCCCACUGAAUUUUUCUUUCAGAUUAUUUUCCUGUCGGAUGUCUUCGCUGCACUUUCCCAAGGAGAAUCUUAUUUUUAAUUGCCUGUUUUUCAACUUUCUCUGUCCUCGCUGGGGCUUGCAUCUCCUAAAUUUAGUAUCAUCCACGGAUUUCAAGAACACACACUUUAUUUCUGCAUCAUUAGCUAGGAUUUUAAAGAAAGAAAAUAGAGAAGAAGGCUUCCCGCGUCCUUGAUAGAUGCAUCCAAAGACUUGGUAUAUGAUUUUCAGUUUGCUUUGUUUAUUUCCUUGUGCAGUGUUCAGGCCCCGUUGAAAGCAGUUUAAAUAAUUUUGGUAGAGUGUCAUUUGAUAUAGUCAAAUGGCUUUCUCACAUACAAGUAUUUUAUCUACUGUGUUCUUGUUAUCAACCAACUGAAACUCUCUAAAUAAAAGUGUUUGACUUCAUUGGUCUCUGUGUGUGCUUUGUAAGCCCCUUUUCCUGUACUGCUUUUGGUUGGAAGAAGAUAAUCAUCUUCCAUAUGUCUUAAGGUUUUACUAAGGCUGCAGAAACCAAACUGUUCCUUUUUAGGAGAAGUACAAUUUGCUGAUAGGAGAGGAAAACAUAUGGAAAUUGUUAUGUGAACUUGAGGUCCAAGUGUGUCUUUAAUCUAUAAAUAGAUCCCUAGUAUUCCAUGUCUUAAAAUAAUUAUUGUCUGUAUUUACCGAGCUUGUUUGCUCGUAUCUCUUUACCAGCUCACCUCCUUGGAAUAUAUUAUAUUAUGGAGUGGUGCUGAUAUGUCUGCCUGAGGCUCUUACCUGCCCUUAUUAAUGCUCAUUUGCAGUGGCUAUCAAUUUGCACUGCACUGAGGUGAUACAGAUAGAAUUGUGGGACUGCCAUAGCAUGUGUGUUUGCAGGAGUACUGCUGAGAAUCACUGUCUGUUGUAGAUUUGAUUUCUGCAUGUUUGAAUGCAUGUGUUUCUCACUGUAGAUGUCUCAAAUUUGUUUUCUCUGUAUUGCCUUUCAUACUUGUUGCAGCUAAGUGUAUACGUAUAAAAAUGUUUUAUAAGUCUGCAAUUACAUUCUAAUUGUUCAGCCUUUCCUUUAUUUCCCCCUUGAGCUUUUAAAACGUGGUCAGCGUAGCAGGCUACUUGACUUUUUAAUCCUUCCUCCUUCAUCAUUUGCUGAUGGUGCAGCCUGUCCUUGCAGUGGCACGAACUGUUAGCUCCCUCCAUGUCCAUGCGGUGCUCCUUUCUCCCUGCCAGCUGCAUCUGAUGCCGCAAUUCUGGUGUGGGUCCUCCUCUUGUCCAGGUUGGAAGCUCAAAUCUUGGCCAUCGUGUCUGUGUAGGCCCCAUUGGUCAUUUUGAGCUUCUUGCAUGCCUGCCUUGGAGAGAGUCUGGAGUUCCUCGCAUUUGGGGUUAUUUUGUAGUUUCACGAGGUUGUUCUACACUGCUAAUCCUUUCUUCCACCUGACCUUACUCUGCUCUGAAUUGCCACGCAGCUUUGUGCUGGUAGGAAGCCACUCCGGGAUGGUUUACCUCCUCGGCAGCUCUGUGAUAGGUCUAUUAAGAGAUGCACUUCAUGGCCUGAUGCUGCCCAAUUUCAUUAUUUUAGUUAAUGAGCAGGAAGCCAAUCUAGCAGAGCCCCUGCUGAGUGUGAUGUCUGCUCCUCGCACACCAUGUGUGGUCCAGAGGUGUUCUGCCACCUCCAUCACCCCAUCCUGAGACCUGCGAUACAUCCCAGAGCUCUCUCGCCUUCUUUCCCCUCCCUACUACUCCUGCCCCCCACUUCUAGUCUUAAAUCCGUCCUUUAAACACACCAAAUUUCUUCUGAGCAUUCAAUUUCUAUUCCUCUGUAGUUGGGCAAAACUGCUGUAGCCUUUUUCUUUUGUCGAGAUUUUCCUUUUGCUCGAAUUUCCUUUGAUAGUUAAAAAAAAAAAAAUGCUGUAUUCUCUUAUUCAUAAAAUAAUCCAUUGCAAAUCUCAUUUGUAUCAUCUCUCUUGGUUCUGCUUCUUUCUGAGUUAUUACUGCUCAUUGAAUACGUUGGAAUUAUUUUUCUUCUGCUUGUUUUUUUUUUCUUCCAGGUGGAAACUGAUUUUUUGUCCUUUUUUUCAUCCAUAAUACAUACGCUCCCAGUCUCUAAUGGUAGCUCUCAGUUUUGUAGACUGUCUCUGAAAAUGUAAUUGCGAGGUUUAUUCCCAUCUUUAUAUUAAAUAAGAUACUUAAUACGGCCAGACAAAUUCUAAUCCCUGUGGCAAUGUACUAAACGCAUUUGUCGGCAUGUAGCAAAUGACUGUUCUAGUCCGUCAGCCAUUCUUCAAUGCACAUGGUGGGCUUGCUACUCACAGCUACAUGUGCUCAGAGCACUGUUCUCCCUAUCAGUGUGUUUCGGGACCAGGAGCACUUGGAGGCCGAUCUCCACUUCUGCAUCAAAACAAGCCUAAAGAGUCAACAUCUUUUUCUGUUUCUUUUUUUUUCGUGUGUGUGUGUGUGAAAUUGUAAGUGCCUGGCUUUGUAGCUGAAAGAGCACCAAAACCCCAAUGUGUUUGGUCUGUUGUGGCCCCAAGGACAGCCCCUGGGCUUCCUGCCUGCCCUCGCGCUGAAAGGAACGUGAGCACCGUGCAGUUCAAGUUAUCAUCUUCAGGCAGCGGAUGGGUUUUUUUUCUUGGAAGGAGCACAACCACCCAGUUAUGGAAAUAUGAAAACAACAUAAGAAAGCUUUGGGACAAACGGGACGAGGCUGCGUUGCUCCUUCCUUGUGAGGGUGCUUAAGCUGUGAUGCCACCGAGCCGCUGUGUGGCAGGGAAGCUUGGAAGCUGAACGCCUUUCAGGAGUAUUUUUAUGGCCUCUGUCACAGUAGCGUCUCAGCGUCUCGCAGGCAUUUAUGGAUUUAUUCUGAGAACGUUCCUGUGAGGAGUAAGUCUGUGUCUGUAACGCUGGAUGUGCUGACCACUUGCCUCAGACUGAAGAGGACUUGCUCUGCUUUGGAAUAUGGUGCCUAACUUCUGUGUCUCAGUACUCACUGUGCCAGCAGUCAUUCUGUGCUGCUUGAUGCUGCCUGAUCCUGCUAAAGCAGGAGCCGAAAGCAAACCAACAUUUAUGAAAGCUCCUGAAGAUCAGAUUGGGAUUUCGGGAGGAGUGGCCUCUUUUGUGUGUCAGGCAACAGGAGAGCCCAAGCCUCGAAUCACGUGGAUGAAGAAGGGGAAGAAAGUCAGUUCUCAGCGGUUUGAGGUGAUCGAGUUUGAUGAUGGGUCGGGAUCUGUUCUGCGGAUACAGCCGCUGCGUGUCCAUCGAGACGAAGCCAUCUACGAGUGCACGGCCACCAACAGCGUUGGGGAGAUAAACACAAGUGCCAAAUUAACAGUGUUAGAAGAAGACCACCUCCCAGCUGGCUUCCCAACCAUUGAUAUGGGCCCGCAGCUGAAGGUGGUGGAGAAGGCCCGCACAGCCACGAUGCUCUGUGCUGCCAGUGGUAACCCCGAUCCCGAAAUCUCCUGGUUCAAGGACUUCCUGCCUGUUGACACUGCAACUAGCAAUGGGAGAAUCAAGCAGCUCCGCUCGGGAGCUCUGCAAAUAGAGAACAGCGAGGAGUCGGACCAAGGCAAAUAUGAAUGUGUUGCAACCAACAGCGCAGGAACCCGUUAUUCUGCCCCGGCGAACCUGUAUGUUCGAGAUCAGCGAGAAGUGCGGCGUGUUGCUCCUCGAUUCUCAAUCCCUCCGAGCAACCACGAGGUGAUGCCUGGAGGGAGUGUGAACCUCACGUGCGUGGCAGUAGGUGCCCCCAUGCCCUACGUGAAGUGGAUGGCUGGUGUGGAGGAGCUGACCAAAGAGGAUGAGAUGCCCGUCGGCCGGAACGUGCUGGAGCUGAACAACAUCAUGCAGUCCGCCAACUACACCUGUGUGGCCAUCUCUUCCCUCGGCAUGAUCGAAGCAACGGCCCAGAUCACUAUCAAAGCGCUGCCAAAACCUCCAACAGAGCCAUUAGUGACUGAAACGACAGCUACCAGCGUGACCCUCACCUGGGAUUCAGGCAACUCCGACCCCAUUUCAUAUUACGUCAUCCAGUACAAGCCCAAAUCCUUGGAGGGUCAGUUCCAGGAGGUGGAUGGUGUGGCGACAACCCGCUAUAGCAUAGGUGGGCUCAGCCCCUUCUCGGAGUACGAGUUCCGGGUCAUUGCAGUCAAUAACAUUGGCAGGGGCCCCCCCAGCGAGCUGGUCGAGGCCCGGACAGGAGAGCAAGCUCCUUCAAGUCCACCCCUCAAAGUCCAGGCACGGAUGCUGAGUGCCAGCACCAUGCUGGUCCAGUGGGAGCAGCCAGAGGAGCCAAAUGGACAGAUCCGAGGGUACCGCGUUUACUACACCACCGACUCGCAUCUGCCUUUGAGCAUGUGGCAAAAACACAACACCGACGACAGCCAUCUCACCACUGUUGGGAGCCUCAUCACAGGGACCACAUACAGCAUCCGUGUCCUGGCCUUCACUUCGGUGGGCGACGGGCCGCCCUCGGACAUCAUCCAGGUCAAAACGCAGCAAGGAGUUCCUGCCCAGCCAGCUGACUUCCAGGCAGAGGCAGAGUCUGAUACCCGCAUCCUGCUGACGUGGCUGCCUGCCUCUCAGGAACGCAUUACCAAAUAUGAGCUGCUGUACUGGGAAGGAGAGGACGGUGUUCAGGCAUGCAGUAGGGUCCAGCAGCCUCUGUCUGGCUCCUGUCAAAAGGUGGAGUUUGACCCAACCUCCUCGUAUGCUGUGGAAGGUCUCAAACCAGACACGCUGUACAAGUUCCGGCUGGGUGCCCACUCUGAGCUGGGGGUAGGAGUCUACACCCCAACCGUGGAAGCCAGAACUGCCCAAUCCACCCCUUCUGCCCCACCCCAAGAAGUUGAGUGUGUAAGCACCAGCUCCACUACCAUCCGGGUAAGUUGGGUGCCACCGCCUGCACAGAGCCGCAAUGGGGUCAUCACCCAGUACUCCAUUGCGUACCAGGCAGUGGAAGGAGAUGACAGCACCAAGCAUGUGGUGGAUGGCAUUGGACGGGAGCACUCCAGCUGGGAGAUCAAGGACCUGGAGAAAUGGACCGAGUACAAGGUGUGGGUAAGGGCUCACACCGAUGUGGGGCCAGGACCGGAGAGCAUCCCCGUGCACGUGCGCACUGAUGAGGAUGUGCCCAGUGCCCCACCACGAAAGGUGGAGGUGGAGUCCGUGAAUUCAACAGCCAUCCGGGUGAGCUGGAAGCUGCCCAUCUCCAACAAGCAGCACGGGCAGAUCCGGGGCUACCAGGUGACCUACGUGAAGCUGGAAAACAACGAGCCCCGCGGGCAGCCCGUCAUCAAGGACGUCAUGCUGUCGGAAGCACAGUGGAGAGCUGAGGACUCCGUCGACCAUGAGACGGUCAUUGGAGGCCUGCUGCCGGAAACCACCUACUCCGUCACAGUCGCUGCCUACACAACCAAGGGAGAUGGUGCCCGCAGCAAGCCCAAGGUCAUCACCACCACAGGGGCAGUCCCGGGGAAGCCCACCAUGAUGAUUAGCACGACAGCCAUGAACACAGCCCUCAUCCAGUGGCACCCACCCAAGGAGAUGGUAGGGGAGCUGCUGGGUUACCGGCUGCAGUACAGACGUCUUGAUGAGGAAAAGAUGAACACGAUAGACUUCGGGAAGAGAGACCAUCACUACACUGUGACCAACUUGCACAAGGGGGCCACGUACCUCUUCAGACUGUCUGCCAAGAACAGAGCUGGUCCAGGAGAGGAGUUUGAGAAGGAGAUCACUACCGCAGAAGACGUGCCGAGUGGAUUCCCACAGAACCUGCGCGUGGUGGGCCUCACCACUUCCACCACAGAGGUUGCAUGGGACCCCCCAGUCUUGGCGGAAAGAAACGGCAAGAUUGUCAACUACACAGUGGUAUACAGAGACAUAAAUAGCCAGCAGGACCUGGUUAACAUCACCAAGGACACAAGUAUCACUUUGACGAAUUUGAAGCCUGAUACCACUUAUGACAUCAAAGUGAGGGCCCGCACCAAUAAGGGGGUUGGGCCGCUCAGCCCCAGCAUCCAGUCCCGGACCAUGCCUGUUGAGCAAGUGUUUGCUAAGAACUUCCGUGUCAACGCCGUCAUGAAAACAUCCGUGUUGCUGAGCUGGGAAGUGCCUGACUCCUAUAAAUCUGCAGUGCCUUUUAAGAUUCUGUACAACAGCCAGAGUGUGGAGGUGGACGGCCACUCCAUGAAGAAGCUCAUAAGUGACCUCCAGCCAGACACGGACUACUCUUUUGUGCUCAUGAACCGUGGGAACAGUGCUGGGGGGCUCCAGCACCUCGUCUCCAUCCGCACUGCGCCUGACGUCUUGCAAAGCAAACCCAUUGCCACCAACAAGUAUAUCCAGGAAGGAAAGUUCACGCUUACCCUUCCCAAAGUGCAGACCACUGUGCCAGUUCGGUGGUACUACAUUGUGGUCGUGCCGGCAGAGCAGAGCCCCAGCAGCCCGACAGCGCGGUGGCGGACGCCUGAUGAGAUGGAGCUGGACCAGCUGCUGGAGGCCAUAAGCCAGGGCAGUCAGAGCAGGCGCCAGAGACGCCAAGCAGACAGACUCAAGCCCUACAUUGCUGCCCAAGUGGACGUGCUGCCCGAGACCUUCACCCUGGGGGACGAGAAGAACUACAAGGGUUUCUACAACAAGCCCCUCUCUCAGGACCUGAGCUACCGCUGCUUCGUGCUGGCCUCGCUGGAGGAUGGGGACACGAAGAGAUACGCAGCCAGCCCCUACUCAGAUGAGAUUGUGAUGGAAUUGGCUUCAGCGAAGCAGCAGGAUGAGCCAGAGAUGCUGUGGGUGAUGGGACCUGUCCUGGCUGUGAUAUUAAUCAUCAUCAUCGUCAUCGCUAUACUCCUCUUCAAAAGGAAAAGAGCACACUCCCCCUCUUCCAAAGAUGAGCACUCCAUUGGCCUGAAGGACUCGCUCUUGGCCCACUCCUCUGACCCGGUUGAGAUGAGGCGGCUCAACUACCAGACUCCAGGUGCCAGUGUCCCCAGUUGCCCGAAUAUCUCAAGCAUGCGGGACCACCCGCCCAUCCCCGUGACCGACCUCGCCGACAACAUCGACCGGCUGAAGGCCAACGAUGGCCUCAAGUUCUCCCAGGAGUACGAGUCCAUCGAUCCCGGGCAGCAGUUCACGUGGGAGAACUCCAACCUGGAAGUGAACAAACCGAAAAACCGCUAUGCAAACGUGAUCGCCUACGAUCACUCCCGCGUCAUCCUGACCUCCAUCGAUGGGGUCCCAGGCAGCGAUUACAUCAACGCCAAUUACAUCGACGGCUAUAGGAAGCAGAACGCCUACAUCGCGACGCAGGGACCUCUGCCUGAAACCCUCAGUGACUUCUGGAGAAUGGUGUGGGAGCAGAGAACAGCAACGAUCGUCAUGAUGACCAGGCUGGAGGAGAAGUCCAGGGUACAGUGUGCGCUUCCUCUAUAUUCUGGUGUGGGCAGGAGAGAAGGAUGGAGCGGUGUACAGCCCAGGAAGCGCAGGUCCCCCAGCGCCACCGGCCAUAAGUGCCCUGUGAAGUGUGACCAGUACUGGCCGAGCCGGGGUACAGAAACCUACGGGAUGAUCCAGGUCACACUGCUGGACACCGUUGAGCUGGCGACCUACACAGUCCGAACCUUUGCCCUGUACAAGAACGGCUCCAGCGAGAAGCGAGAGCUGCGACAGUUCCAGUUCAUGGCAUGGCCUGAUCACGGGGUCCCAGAAUACCCCACCCCAAUCCUCGCUUUCCUGCGGCGGGUCAAGGCCUGCAACCCACCCGAUGCUGGGCCCAUGGUUGUCCAUUGCAGUGCUGGCGUGGGCCGAACUGGUUGCUUCAUUGUCAUUGAUGCCAUGCUGGAGAGGAUGAAGCAUGAGAAGACCGUGGACAUCUAUGGGCACGUGACGUGCAUGCGCUCGCAGCGCAACUACAUGGUGCAGACAGAGGACCAGUACAUCUUCAUCCACGAGGCCCUGCUGGAGGCAGCCACGUGCGGCAAUACCGAGGUGCCUGCACGCAACCUCUUCGCUCACAUCCAGAAACUGACCCAGGUGCCUCCAGGAGAGAGCGUCACUGCGAUGGAGCUGGAAUUCAAGCUGCUGGCCAACUCUAAAGCACAUACCUCACGUUUCAUCAGUGCCAACCUCCCAUGCAACAAAUUCAAGAACCGCCUCGUGAACAUCAUGCCAUACGAGCUGACAAGAGUUUGCCUGCAGCCCAUCCGGGGUGUUGAGGGCUCUGAUUACAUCAAUGCCAGCUUCAUUGAUGGGUACAGGCAGCAGAAGGCCUACAUUGCCACGCAGGGACCACUGGCCGAGACCACAGAAGAUUUCUGGCGAAUGCUCUGGGAGCACAACUCCACCAUCGUGGUGAUGUUGACAAAGCUGCGUGAGAUGGGCCGGGAGAAGUGCCAUCAGUACUGGCCUGCGGAGCGCUCUGCCCGUUACCAGUACUUCGUGGUGGACCCCAUGGCAGAGUACAACAUGCCGCAGUACAUCCUCCGGGAGUUCAAAGUCACAGAUGCCAGGGACGGCCAGUCACGGACCAUCCGCCAGUUCCAGUUCACAGACUGGCCUGAGCAGGGAGUGCCAAAGACAGGAGAGGGCUUCAUCGACUUCAUUGGGCAGGUGCACAAGACCAAGGAGCAGUUUGGGCAGGACGGGCCCAUCACGGUGCACUGCAGCGCUGGGGUCGGGCGCACGGGCGUGUUCAUCACACUGAGCAUCGUGCUGGAGAGGAUGCGCUACGAGGGGGUGGUGGACAUGUUCCAGACGGUGAAGACUUUGCGAACGCAGCGGCCGGCCAUGGUGCAGACAGAGGACCAGUACCAGCUGUGCUACAGAGCGGCACUGGAGUAUCUCGGCAGCUUUGACCACUAUGCAACGUAACUAGUGCUUUCCUCCAGUCGCGGUGGGGAUGUCUAGGAGUGGAGACGGGUCCCUCUGAGCCAGAGCCGCCCAUUCCUCAGUCCUUCUGUACAGACCGAGGUGCUGCCCAGGCAGCAGACCUCCAUGCCAACCAGUUCUGACCACGGCAUUUAGGAACUUCGCCCCAGCGCCAAACGAGGGAAUCCAACUCCAAAAGCAUUUCCAGUCUCUGGCUGCAUUUCUGCUCAUAUGCAUCUCUCGCCCUCUCUCACGCGACUGCAUUUCACAGCGAGGCUUUAGGUGGGUGGAAUGGGAUCUUUUUUUUUAAACAUGUAAAAUAGUUACUAGUGGUUUUUAUAAUCUCCUCUCUUUUUAUUUUUUAUUUUUUUGCAAGUCUUAAUGUUUUGCUGAGGCAGAACUGGACCCGCCAAACUUUGGGGAGUUGGGUUUGUUUGGGUUUUUUUUUUUCUUUCAUUUCCUUUUGCUUUAACAUUUUUUACUGCCCUAUGUUUAUCUCAGCUCAGUCACUGCUGGUUCUGCCCAUUUUAGUGCAGCUUCCUUGGUAAUUUGCAGCAGCUGGCUUGUGGUUCCUGCCCAGCUCCAUUCCCCUUAGGCUGCUUUUUAAUUCUCUGUAGAAUAUGAAAUUUCAUGGAACUGGACCUAAGCUACCAAUUAUUUUUUUAGCCUUUCCCUUCCCCCAUUAUUUCCUGAGUAGGUUUGGGAGGGCAUGUAGGGUCGCUGGAGAGGCGGUCCUAUUUGUCAGCUGGAAACUGUUCAGUCCUAUUACAAUGCGUGUUAAACCAAUCCAGUGACCGCGUGUAUUGGCAGAUCCCGACAUGACGUGAGUUGUCGUCACCUUGUUUGUGAGAGACCCGAAAUCCUGGGCUCCUGGCCUGGGAGCCUCUUUUUGUGUCUCGCUGGGAAGGGGACAGGAGAAGCCAGCAGGUCCCACACUUCCCCAGGGAUGGGCUAUAGAAGCGAGACACGGCCCUUUCUGUUAGUCCCGCGGUUCUGUGCGUGCAAACGCCAUCCUGGCACCUCUCACCACUGAAGUGCAUUGGAGCAUUUUACAAGGAGCACAACCCCGGCCGUUCCCAGAGCGGAGCCAAGCAGGCUCUCUUUGGAGGCAGGGUAUUGCAGGGAAGGGGAGGGGGAGCACACAUGGCUUCAGAGGUUGGGUGUUUCUAUAAUUUCUGCUAUCCUGCAAAUGUUAAAAGUCAUUAGAAUAUUGUACUUUCCACUACUUCAGGACGUUCUAAUGAACCAAUGUGGCAAGACUACUGGACUUAAUUUAAUGGUACUAUAUAUUAAUACUCCUUAUUAUAUCACGCUUGCACUAAAGACAGAGUGAGCAGCCCUCUUUCGAGUGCAUUGAGUUAUGAAUAAAGGUGGUGGAAGGGUAUCUAAUUGUAUUAUCACAUGUAUUCCGAAUGUUAAGAAUCCAAGCUACGUUGAAAUCAGCAAUCCAGGGUUGGUAAUGUUGGAGGACACAUUCAUUUUUACCUUGUGGAUGCAUAGUGCUGUAGGGGUCACUGUUGUAUACAGUCUGUUUUCUAUUUGUUAAUAAAAAAAAAAAUCUACAGCAUCACUGCAUAAUUCUUGAUGUUAAUAAAUUUGAAUAAUCGGGUUUCAUACAA